GUUGGUAUUUUCAGCUCCAAAACGUUUUCCGGAGUGCUGACGAUGGAAUGUCUUUACUCCACUAUCCAAUGCAAUCCAGAGCCAAUCAUUUGUCUGUCUCCGUCCCUCUUUCGUUUUUGAGGUCAUUAGCUUCUUUCUGUUCGUGUCCGACUGUGUGUGUGUGUAUUUCAAGUGCUUUUUGCCGGAAUUCGGAGCUUUGUCCUUUUCAUAGAAUGGUACAGACUGGCUACUAACUAAUGUGGUUCGAUUCCCGAUUAUAUUGUAAGCUUUCCUUUGCCGUUGACAGCGAAGAAUUGUAGCUAACGGUUCGUUCACCACGUUAGUCCUAAUCUCUCUGGCAAACAAUAACAGCUGAUAGAGAUUCGGAACAGCCUCCCCGAACCCUGCUAUGUGUCCUUACGCUCUGCUUCAUCUCUGGGGUGCGUGCUUCAGGUAGCACAGACGGGAUCCACUGCCAGAAAGAAGACUGACUGGCAGAGCAUGCCUUGAACUUCCGCACCCUGGGGGACGUGGCGGACGACGCUGCCAUGAAAGAGAUCUCGAAGCAGACGGACACUGGUCCGGCCUUCCGCAUGGUGCACUUUGAAUCGCAGCCCCAUGCCAACAUUUUGCUGAAUGGACUUAACUCCCUCCGCGCUCGGGGUCAGCUGCUGGACGUGACCCUCAUUGCCGGUGGGCGGGAGUUCAAGGCCCACCGGGCUGUGCUCGCUGCUUGCAGCGACUACUUUCGUGCCAUGUUCACGGAUGCCAUGCGAGAGAGCAGGCAGCCCGAGAUCUGCCUGAAUGGCGUCAGCGCUCAAGGGCUUCGCUGUCUGCUCGAGUAUGCGUACACGUCGCGCCUCGUCUUAAGUCUGGCCAACAUCCAGGAUGUCCUGGCAACGGCGAACCACGUCGGCCUUACGCCCGUGGUGGAGGCGUGCUCUUCCUACCUUCAAGACCAACUCGAUCUGGAGAACUGCAUUGACGUGGCCACACUGGCAGAGACCUACUCGCUGCGGCGCUUGCGUAAACGCGUCUACCGCUUCAUUUGCACCAACCUGCACCAGUUCGCAGAGACGGCCGAGUUCCAGAGACUCUCGCCGCACCAGUUGGAACACUUGCUGGCCUGCGACUUCCCGGUGAACUGCCCCGAAGGAGACGUGCUGUCCUUUGUGCUGAACUGGGUCGCCUGGGACGUGCGGGAGCGGCUCUCGCAGGCGCGCAAGCUGCUGUCCUACAUCUGCUUCUCGGAGAUUCCGGCUUCGAGGCUGGCCCAACUGUGGGACUCCCCCGUCCUCCAGUGCCUGUUUUCGAGGCGUAUCCCACCACACUUGUCGGGCAUCGGCGGCCUGCCCCCGCCGAGCCUGGUGAACACGCGGGGCAUGGAGCUGGUCCUUCUCAAGGUGGGGGGCUUCGGGCUGUCUGGUGUCACCAAUGAGAUCACCUACUACCUGCCGAGUGCGGGCCGCUGGAAAUACCUGACCUCCAUUCCGCACGUGGAGCAGUGCAACUUUGGCACUGCUGUGCUGGGCAACGAACUCUACGUUGUCGGAGGCUGCUUCAACCAGAGCUUGCACCAGGAGAAUGUGCACCCCUUUGGCUUCCGCUACAAUGCCCUCACCAACGAGUGGUCCACCAUGGCACCGAUGCACUGGGAGCGAUGUCGGUUUGCUCUGUGCGUUGCCCGGGGGCACCUCUACGCCAUCGGCGGUGCAGGUGAAGUGGUGAGUGAUGCCGACGCCACAGAGGACGGGGAGAUUCGCUGCGAGCGCUACGAGCCUCACUCCGACACUUGGGUGCCCAUCACGCCGCUUCCCGGAGCGCGGACUCAACAUGCUGGAGCAUCCUGGGGCCCCUACCUGUUCAUCUCAGGGGGCCUGAGUUCCGACCUGGUGCUGAGCUCGCUCCUCCGUUACGACACACGUAGCGAUGUCUGGGAGGUGAUGCCUCCAAUGUCGAUUCCACGCACAGACCACUGUAUGGUCGUCUACGGAGACCGCCUCCUUGUCUGCGGCGGUUGGCACGAAGACAUCGCGACUGGGGCGAGGGUGCUCGCAGAAUCUGUGGAAGCGUACGACAUUCGAAACAACUCUUGGAGUUCAGUGACGGCUGUGCCAACGCCACGGUACCACGCGGGGGUCGCCGUGCUGGGCUCGUGGCUCUACACGGUGGGUGGUUUCCACAGUGACACCACUUUCGAUCGUGCCAGUGGGAUUGUGGAGAGGUUUGACCUUGACGGAGUUCUGGGCUGGGAAGAAGUGGAGUCUUAUCCACAAGAUGUCUGGGAGCACGUCUGCUGUACCCUGUUCGUUCCAAGAUGCAGGGAUGACUUGGACGUCAUUCCGGACAAGACGCUAAUGUGAUUUCCUAUUUCGUUCUAGUUUCCCCAUAUCUGGUUUCCCACCUGUUUCCAGAAAUACCUGGAUGAAGCAAAGGGUACCAAAGUACACAAGCUGUGUUGGGGAAUAAUUUGGAACAAAUAAAGUAAGAAAGCUUUUGUACACCACUCUUGUAGGGAAAGCAGCCAACCAAACAGUGUGUACUUUGCGUUAUGGCAGGUUUUUUUGUGUUUUUUUUUUCUUUUUUAAAUAGGUUUUUAAAAAAAAAAUUUUUUUGUUCUUGUCAUUGUUUGAGUUUGAGGCUAUUGGGUCAGAUGCAUUAUCUUCGUUGUGUGAACUUAAGUGUGGUUCGUGAGCAUACGUUCCAGUAUUUUUUUUAACUUAGUCAUAUGGUUUUGUUCAAAAUUCUCACGUAUAAUAGUACUAUAUUUUAAUGCAGAUGCAAUUUUUUUUUUCAUGUUUCAGCAUGUGAUAAAAUUAGAAACUAAUUUUGCGAGUUUUUUUUUGCCAUUUUGAAAUAAUGUGCAAUAUUAAAUUGCCUUUUAAAUCAUUUUAAUCAACAUGAAAUCACUUGCACUUUUGAACCGGCUCUUAAUAUUACUCCACUAAACAUUAUGUUCUUAAUAUAUGAGUGUCAUUUGAUUUAUUAGGCAUUCUUUUGUGCUAUCUUAUUUGAAGAACAUGGGUUCCAGUCAGUAUGCCUGAUAAUAGAAAUGUGAUGGUCUGACUACCCCUUUUUGUUGUUGAGAUGGGGAGGUUUUGCAUUACACAGUUGGAACAAUAGUAAAUAAAUGAAGCAUGCCGUGUAACAGCCUAAUUUUUAAUUGGCUUACUAAUUAACAAUGUUAAAUUGGCAAAACGGCAUAUGUGUUUUUGGUUUUCUGGACUAUUCAUUUUGUUCCACAGACAAACACUUUCCUGAGGCUUUGUUCAUUGUGAAGCUGCUCAAAAAUGACACAGCAGGAAUCUCAACUCUUAAUUUGUCAUCAGGCUCUUGUCCAUUUAUGCAGAUGCCUAGAAAGUUCUGGGUGAUCAUUUGGUGGCUGUAUGCUUUGUAGUAAUGCCAUUGCUCCACAAUGUUUUGGAAAUGGUUUAUAUUUGUUUUGGGAGCUUUGAAGUUUGAGUGAAACAUAUUUGUGGCAACAGAAUUGUCAAAUGCCAGCAGGCAUGUUUUCAUUUUAAACUUUAAGCGGACAGUUAAGUCAGUCUCUUGUGCCAUCAAGUAUUCUACUAUUGCAACUAUCGACAUUCUUCACUGUUAAAAUGAUCUGCACACUGUUCCUUGGACAUCAUUUUCUGAUGUCACAUUUAAGGCACAACUUUGCUAGUGAUAGUUACAUCAUUCUUACAGCACUGUUUGUGCAUGGGUGAGAUGUGUGUAUUGUUUUUCAUGUGUUACACUGCCUUAUGGUCAAAUAUACUGUUGCAUUGUUUUGGGGAUGAAGUUCAUAGAUAGAUACAGUGCACUGUUUCUAUUGCUACAAAUGAUGAGCACUUAAUAAUGAAAUGUGAUUUCUCUUGUGAAAAAUUCUAAAGCCUUGCCUUAUCUAGCAGGGAUGUUUCAUUGAGUUUACUUAUUUCACUUAUUUCGUUUCUUUUAGAGCUAAAGAGAGGAGGAUACAUUUGUGAAAGCUGAUGUUUGUUUUCAGGUGCAUGUAAAUGUAUUUGCUCUGCCAGUUGACUUGGAAUGUUUUCCAAGGGGCUGAAGCUAUGUACUGUAGCAAAUUGUUUUAAUAUUGUGAUUAUGGGCCACCUUGUGCUUCUAACAUGAGUUUUUGAAAUGAUGGUGUAGAUCACUUGUAGCAUUAGACCAGUAAGCUAACAGCUGCCCAAAGAUGAGAAAAGUGCCUUGGCAGCCAAUUCACUUCAGCAGUGCAGGAGCCUUAGAGGAUUGCCGACAAUGUUCUACUGAUCGGCCGAAAGAAUGGUUUCCUUUGGACUUGGUGGGAUUAGUUUAUUGUAGAAUUGUUUCUUUGGAGAUGAAAUGUUUUUGUUUAGUAAGUUGUACACAAAUGCUGUGAUUAUUUUGCUUCUGAUAUAACUGGGAGUUAAUUUUUUUUUUUUACUGUAUUUUAUAUUAGUAUUCUGAGUUCUAUCAAUUUUGUUGGUUCCGAAGCCAUUGUAUUUGCAGGACUUCCGGUUUUCCAAUACUUGCCACCCUAAUUUAGUUCCAGUUUCAGCUUAACAUGCUGACUUCUCAAAUUGAGUAGAUCACAGUUGGAAGUGUUGGCUUGCCUGGUUGGUUGUAUUGUCUUUUUUGGCCCCUGUAACAGUCCAUGGUGUGCUUGUGGGAAAAAAUAUUUGCCUUUUGUAAGUAACUCCUACUCCAUUAUACUGAAUUUAUGUGGUCUUUGCCCAAAUUCUUAAGCUGCCUACAUAUGUUGCCAUAUGAAGUAUGUAUACAGCAUGUAUAAUAGUGCACAGUAUCAUUGUGUAAAGAAAGGAGACCCUGUGAUAUUAUUUAUUAAACAUUCAAAUUUUA